AUGACUCGUUUAACUGUCAGUGAGAGACAAAUUUUGAGAAAGAAGAAGAUCAUGGCUCUUUAUUUGCAUUGGAUGAAUGUGUUGCAUGUAGUGCAGUGGUUUUUCAAAUUAUGGGAAAAAAUUAUUGUACAUGGUAUUGAAUCAAGCUCUUUGGGAAGACAAUUAUACAUACUUGAUGUUUUUGUCAAUAGGAAAAUUGUGCAUCAAAUAGCUUAUGAGAGUGAUGUCAUUUGUUUUGAUCAACUUAGGAUGAAUAGGAAAGCAUUUAGCAAUUUAUGCAUAAUGCUUGAAACUAGGGGUGGGUUAAAAGCAUCUAAAUACUUGCAAGUAGAUGAGCAAGUGGCCAUGUUUUUACAUAUGAAAGGUGGAAAUGGUUCAAGGGAUAUUAUAUAUCCAUUUGUAGAUGGUGGAUAUACUAAUUGUAAGGGAUUUCUUGCUCCAUAUCGAGGCCAACACUAUCACCUCAACCAAUGGGAAGAUGGGAAUCCUCCCAGAAAUCCACAAGAGUUUUUUAAUAUGAAGCACUCAUCUGCUAGGAAUGUCAUUGAGAGAUGUUUUGGUGCAAUUAAGAAUCGAUGGGCAAUUCUUAGGAGUCCAUCAUUCUAUCCAAUAAAGACUCAAAACCGAAUCAUUUUAGCAUGUUGUUUGCUUCACAAUUUUAUUAGGAGAGAAAUGCCUACUCAUAAUACUGAUAUGCAUCCAGAGAAUGAGAGUGAUAGUGGAGACGAAGAAGAUAGCAUGGAUGCUAAUGGAUCCAUAAGAAGUAUUGAAGCUUCUGAAGGGUGA